AUGCAGCUUCGGAGAGAUAGUGCGAUUCUCUACCCUAGACGGUGCUGCUACUGCUUAUACCACGAGCUAUUGGUCGCUCCGUUUCCGCUGCAACAUGAAGCAGACCCUGGUAUUGUGGUGGAACACACAAAGGCUCGCCACACAGAAUGGCUCGAUAUCGUCAUGGCACAUGGAACGCGUCUGGACAUUGCACGCAGCGGGUACGGUCAGACCCCUGCAUGCCUACGCGUCGAAGUGCCAGCUGGGCGGUCUUUCGCUGGUCCCGCCGUUUGGUGCUAG